UCCCAGUGUCCUUUCUCUCCAUUCUGUUUCUCUUUAAUUCUCUCUGAAAAUGCGUGAAGUCAUCUCUGUGCACGUCGGUCAGGCUGGUGUCCAGAUCGGCAAUGCUUGCUGGGAGCUUUAUACCGUCGAGCAUGGUCUUAGCCCUGAUGGUCGCCUGCUGGAAGGCUCGCCCUCCGCUAACGAUGGAGGCUUCAGCACGUUUUUCUCCGAAACCUCGUCUGGCAAACACGUGCCUAGGUCCCUUUACAUCGACCUAGAACCUAAUGUCAUCGAUGAAGUACGAAACGGCCCUUACAGGAGUCUCUUCCACCCUGAGACUCUUGUGACCGGGAAGGAAGAUGCUGCCAGCAACUAUGCUCGUGGCCAUUAUACCAUUGGUAAGGAGCAAAUUGAUACCGUGAUGGACAAGGUUCGCCGUCUCGCGGACAACUGCUCUGGGCUCCAGGGCUUCUUUGUCUUCCACUCUUUCGGUGGUGGAACUGGUUCAGGUUUUGGUGCCCUCAUCCUUGAACGUCUUUCGACCGACUACGGGAAGAAGUCCAAGCUAGAAUUCAGUGUAUACCCCGCACCUACCUUGGCCAACUCUGUUGUGGAACCAUAUAACUCAGUCCUGACUACACAUACCACCCUGGAACACUCCGAUUGCUCUUUCAUGGUCGAUAAUGAGGCAAUCUAUGACAUCUGCAAGAAGAAUCUGAACAUCGCUUCGCCAAGUCUCACAAACUUGAACAGGCUCAUCGCGCAAGUCGUGUCUUCCAUCACCGCCUCUUUGCGUUUCGAUGGUUCUCUUAAUGUUGAUCUGAACGAAUUCCAAACUAACUUGGUUCCUUUCCCUCGAAUCCAUUUCCCUCUUGCUACAUUUGCGCCCAUUAUUUCGGCCGAGAAGGCUCACCAUGAGCAAAAUUCCGUCGCCGACAUGACCUUUUCCUGCUUUGAGACCGGUAACCAGAUGGUAAAGUGUGACCCCAGAGAAGGAAAAUAUAUGGCCUGUGCUUUGCUCUACCGUGGUGACGUCGUUCCCAAAGAUGUCAACGCUGCAGUGGCGAUCAUCAAGACUAAACGCACAAUCCAGUUCGUUGAUUGGUGUCCCACGGGCUUCAAGCUUGGCAUUUGCAAUGAACCACCUGCUCACGUCCCGGGAGGUGAUCUUGCCAAAGUGUCCCGCAGCAUGUGCAUGCUGUCCAACACCACCGCCAUUUCGACCGCUUGGAGCCGUCUUGACCACAAAUUUGAUCUCCUCUACUCAAAGCGAGCCUUUGUCCACUGGUAUGUGGGUGAAGGUAUGGAGGAAGGUGAAUUCUCGGAAGCUCGCGAAGAUCUUGCAGCACUGGAAAAGGAUUACGAAGAGGUUGGCAUCGACUCGGCGGAUGUUGAGGAGGCUGAAUAUUAGAUUCUCUAUUACGACUUGACCUUACCUUCCUCUUUACGAUCCUUGCACGUCUACUACCCUUGGUCACGCUUUCAUAUCACUGCGGAAUUUUAUGACUUUGAUUCGAGUAUG